AUGAACCCAUUUUGUUUGAAAUUAAUUAUUCAAACCAUAUUUUUAACGCUUUUGGUGUUGCAAGCAGACCUUGUUUGUUCAAAAGAGGUUGUUAAAUGCAUUCAAAGUGAGAGGCAUGCACUUCUUCAAUUCAAGGCUGGUCUUACCGAUGAAUAUGGCAUGUUGUCAUCUUGGACGACGGCAGAUUGCUGCGAAUGGUAUGGAAUUGGUUGCAGCAACCUCACUGGUCAUGUACUUAAGCUCGACCUUCAUGGUGACUAUAAUUAUUAUAAUGAUAAUGAUGGCAAUAAAUUUUAUAUCAUGGGUGAUAUCCACAAGUCAUUGAUGGAGUUGCAACAGUUACAAUAUUUGAACCUCAACAGAAAUAAUUUUAGAGGGAGUCAUGUCCCAGGUUUCUUUGGAUCUUUAAGAAACCUAAGAUACCUUGAUCUUUCUUAUUGCGGUUUUGGAGGACAAAUUCCUAUUCAAUUUGAGUCACUUUACCAUUUGAAAUACUUGAAAAUUUCCGGCAAUGAUCUGGAUGGUUUGAUUCCUCAACUUGGAAAUCUCUCCAACUUGCAAUUUCUUGAUCUUAGCCGCAAUCUUUUGGAAGGAAGCAUUCCAUCUCAACUUGGAAAUCUCUCCAACUUGCAAUUUCUUGAUCUCCUUGGAAAUUCUUUUAAUGGAAAAAUACCUUCACAACUUGGAAAGCUUACCAACCUACAAGAGCUUCAUUUCGGAGGAUAUAGUCUUAGUUCUCUAACAAUUGACAACGGAGAUCACAACGGAGGUCUGGUUAUCUAAUCUUACUUCUUUAACCCAUCUUCACAUGUUGUCAAUAUCUAGUCUUGAUAAAUCCAAUAGUUGGUUGCAAAUGGUUGGUAAGCUACUAAAACUGAGAGAACUAGAGUUAAUAAGUUGUGGCCUUUCUGAUCAUUUUAUCCAUUCUUUGAGUAAAUCGAAGUUCAAUUUUUCCACAUCUCUUUCUAUCCUUGAUCUCUCUUCGAACAACUUCGCAUCAUCUUUGAUAUUCCAGUGGGUGUCAAACAUUAGUCCCAAUCUUGUAAGGCUUGACCUUAGUAAUAAUCAUAUGGUUGAUUUCCCAUCAAAUCAUUUUUCCUAUAGGCUUCCAAGAUUGAGAGAACUAAGAUUAUCUAGUAACAUGUUCACAUCAUUCAUGAUACUCCAGUCGUUGUCAAACAUAAGUUCCAAUCUUGUUAAACUUGACCUUUCUUUAAACUUCUUGGAGGCUCCUCCAUCCAAUGUCUAUGGCUUAGUGAUGAAGUCUCUUGAGGUACUUGACCUGUCAGAAAAUAGAUUGAAGGGUGGGGUGUUUAAAUUCUUCAUGAAUGUAUGUACCAUACAAUCUUUAGGUUUGAGUCAAAACAAUUUAACAGAAGACCUUCAAUCAAUUAUUCACAAUUUGUCUGGUGGAUGUGUUAGAAACUCACUUCAAGUGUUAGACCUUGGUUGGAAUGGAAUCACUGGAGGACUACCCGACCUUUCUGCAUUCACAUCAUUGAAAACAUUGGAUCUUACUUUAAAUCAAUUGAGUGGAAAAAUUCUUGAAGGAAGUAGCUUGCCAUUUCAGUUGGAGAAUUUAUCCAUCAAAUCAAACUCUUUAGAAGGGGGAAUUCCAAAAUCAUUUUGGAUGAAUGCAUGUAAGUUGAAAUCAUUGGAUAUGUCCAAUAACAGAUUCAGUGGUGAGCUUCAAGUAACAAUCCAUCACUUAUCUAUAUGUGCUAGAUACUCACUCCAACAAUUAGAUCUAAGCGGUAAUCAAAUCAAUGGCACACUACCUGAUCUCUCGAUAUUCUCAUCUUUGGAAAUAUUUGAUAUUUCUGAAAAUAGACUAAACGGAAAGAUAUUUGAAGAUAUUCGAUUUCCAACUACACUAAGGACACUGAGCAUGGAUUCGAACUCUUUAAGUGGUGUGAUCUCUGACUUCCAUUUUUCUGGUAUGUCAAUGUUAGAGGAAUUAUCCUUGUCAAGCAAUUCACUAGCAAUGAGAUUUCCCCAAAAUUGGGUCCCUCCUUUUCAAUUGGACACUAUAGGAUUGAGAUCCUGCAAACUUGGUCCUACAUUUCCUAACUGGAUUCAGACACAAAAACACAUUCAAAAUCUUGAUAUUUCUAAUGCUGGAAUUUCAGAUAAUGUUCCAGAGUGGUUUUGGGCUAAAUUAUCAUUAAAAGAGUGCAGAAGCAUCAACAUUUCAAACAAUAAUCUCAAAGGAUUAAUUCCAAAUCUUCAAGUCAAAAAUUAUUGUUCUAUUUUAUCUCUUUCAUCAAAUGAAUUUGAAGGGCCUAUUCCACCAUUUCUAAAAGGUUCUACACUUAUUGACUUGUCCAAAAACAAAUUCUCCGAUUCUCUUCCAUUCCUAUGUACAAAUGGUAUAGAUUCAAUGUUAGGCCAGUUUGACCUUUCAAAUAAUCAAUUAUCUGGACGAGUUCCAGACUGUUGGAACAAUUUCAAGGCAUUAGUUUAUCUCGAUUUGAGCCACAACAAUUUUUUAGGGAAGAUUCCUACUUCAAUGGGAUCACUUGUAGAACUGCAAGCAUUACUAUUGAGGAACAACAGCUUAACAGAGGAGAUCCCUUUCUCCUUAAUGAACUGCAGAAAGUUAGUAAUGCUUGAUUUGAGAGAAAAUAGAUUAGAAGGACCCGUCCCUUAUUGGAUUGGAAGCAAAUUAAAAGAGCUGCAAGUUUUAAGCUUAAAAAGUAAUCACUUCUUUGGAAGUUUACCAUUCAAACUUUGUUAUCUACAAAACAUUCAGCUCUUUGAUUUCUCAUUGAACAAUCUAUCUGGAGGGAUUCCAAAAUGCAUUAAAAAUUUCACUUCAAUGACUCAAAAAGCUUCAUCACAAGGUUUUACAGAUCAUUAUUUUAUUGCCAGCCAAGGAACUGUUUAUUAUAGAAGAGACUAUCAAUUGAAUGCAUUCUUGAUGUGGAAAGGUGUAGAACAAUUUUUCAACAACAAUGGAUUGCUUCUUCUAAAAAGUAUAGAUCUCUCAAGCAAUCACUUUUCACACGAGAUUCCACCUGAAAUAGCAACUUUGGUUCAAUUAGUCUCACUAAAUUUAUCAAGAAACAACUUGACAGGGAAAAUUCCUUCAAAUAUCGGAAAAUUAACAUCACUUGACUUUCUUGAUUUGUCACAAAAUAAGUUGCUUGGUUCAAUUCCUUCUAGUCUUUCCAAAAUAGAUCGGAUUGGUGUGUUAGAUCUGUCACAUAAUCAAUUGUCUGGAGAAAUUCCAACGAGUACACAACUACAAAGUUUCAAUGCCUCAAGUUACGAAGAUAAUCUUGAUCUUUGUGGAGCACCACUUGUAAAACUGUGCGCUGAAGAUGGGCCACCGCAUGAACCAAAUGGAAAAAUUCAAGACGAUGAAGAUUUGCUUCUCAAUCGAGGAUUUUACAUAAGCCUGACAUUUGGAUUUAUUAUAGGCUUUUGGGGAGUAUUUGGUUCAAUCCUAAUCAAGCGUUCUUGGCGACAUGCUUAUUUCAAGUUCUUGAACAAUUUAGUGGAUAAUAUUUACGUCAAAUGCAGAUGGUGGCUCAAAGAUUAAUAGAUUAAGGUGUGCAAGCUUGAAAAGGAUUUUGGGCACUGUCAAAGUCCUACUCUAGGAGGAUGAAUGUUUUCUCCUCUUUUAUGAAUGUUUUAUGAAUUAUUUGCAUUGUAACUCUAGUAAGAUGACUUCUCAUCGUCUCCAACAUGUCUUAAAACACUAUUUUUCUUGAUUACAAAAUUCGGACUUGCAAAAGACAAUCCAUUUUACACGUCCGGAUUGAGUAAUUCGGACAAAUUGUGUGUUUUGAGAGAUGUUGAGGGGCGAGGAGAAACUAUCCUAUAAUAAAUAGAUUGAUGGGGUGCAUAUUUUUAAUAUAUGGUCAUGUCAUUUCUCUUUUAUGUACUAGUCUCUUGUUGAAUGGAGUUUGCAACUUGCAAUUCCUUUUGUAUUCUCUGUAAUUUAUUUAUGCAAUAAACAUUGGUGAA